UCUGUUCACAACCAGAAUAUUCUCGGUCUAGACAGCAACCAUCUACCAUCUGAAGCGAUCGAUAGGCCUAAUACAGAACAGGAGAAGUUAUUAAGAGACAAUAUUACCCCUUGCUGUUGAACUGAACUGUGCUCCGCUGCGCGAAGAAACGAUCGGACUUCGGAGCGCUCGGACUCGCAGUGAAGGCGCAAUGUUGGUUAGCGCGCCUGUCAGGCUACAGACACCCAGGUCAGUUUCUCCAGAACCCAGCUGUGUGUCCAUGAAGGGUGACAGGUCUAUGGGGAACCCUCCUGAUUUCAGCAGGGAACCUCCACAGUCUGACCCAAGGCUACAGACACCCAGGCCGGUGUCUCCAGUGCCCAGCUGUGUGUCCAUGAAGAGUGACAAGUCUAUGGGGGACCCUCCUAAUUUCAGUAGGGAACCUCCACAGUCUGACCCAAGGCUACAGACACCCAGGCCGGUGUCUCCAGUGCCCAGCUGUGUGUCCAUGAAGAGUGACUGGUCUAUGGGGAACCCUCCUAAUUUCAGCAGGGAACCUCCACACUCUGACCCAAGGCUACAGACUCCCAGAGCAGCGUCUCCAGUGCCCAGCUGUCUGUCCAUGAAGAGUGACAGGUCUAUGAUGAGCCCUCCUAAUUUCAGCAGGGAACCUCCACACUCUGACCCAAGUGUAAAGAUGGAGAAGUCAGACUCACCUGCCCCCAGCUGUGUGUCUUACCAAUCAAUGGAUCCACCACGAAACUUCACAGGAGAAUUUGAACCCAACCCAAAACUGAUGAAGUUGGAACGGUUCCACUCACCUGGACUACACUCAGUGGAUUCAGAAGACAUGAAAAGAGAAUCUAUUACACCAGAUCAUGCCAGUGAGUUGGCUGUCAGUCUCUUGACCAACGAGGACUUCAAAUGUUCAGUCUGCACAGGUGUACUGAAAGACCCAGUGUCCAUCCCCUGUGGACACAGUUACUGCAAGCAGUGCAUCACCUCAUACUGGGAACAGCCUAGCCAAACAGGCCACUACGCCUGUCCCCAGUGUCCACGCACAUACAGCUCCCACCCGGCACUCUACUCAAACUCAGCCUUGGCACUGGUGGUCCACAAGCUAGAGCACUUCAGUCCUGUCCUGCCUGCCCAAAGCUAUGCUGGUCCUGGAGAUGUGGAGUGUGAUUUCUGCACCGGGCGGAAACUGAAGGCUGUUAAAACCUGUUUGACCUGCACUGCCUCCUUCUGCGGCACCCAUGUGAAAGAUCACUACACUAUUCCAGCACUGCAGAGACACACAUUAGUGGAAGCUGUUGAAACCAUGGAAGAGAAAAUGAUCCACACUGAAUUGAAGGAACCUCACAGGAGUGGAUCUGAUGAGUCACCUGUUUCCUCAAUGAAGAGACGUAGUCAAGAGGAGGACCCAGUGCUACGUAUCGUAACUGGCAUGCAACAGGAGAUUCGUCAACUCAAAAGACAGGUGUCUGAUUUGCAAGAUACGAUUUCUACAUCUGACUGUAAAGUCAGAAAGGAAGAGAAAAAUAUCAGGUAAAUAUAAACAUAAGGGUGACAACAAUGGACUCUUCAUUGUCAGAGAAAGCAUACUACCUAAAGUGCAGC